AUACAAUUGAGAAUAGAAUUAUAAAACGAGAAAGUACAGUGAUUGCAUUGAACAAAAUGUGUUUCGAAAAGGGAAAGAAAUAUUGAAAGGGCAGGGAAAACAGAAAACCGCAGAGAACGUUACAACGACAUAAAAGGCCAAGAAAUCAAGGUUACACACCUCUCUCUCUCUUUCUCUCUCUCUAAAGAAUCAAAUGCUCAAACAUUUUUUGUAUCGAAACUCUGCUUCCUAAUCAAAGUUGUUCUGUUUCUGAAAACUAACAAGAAAAGGGGAAAAAAGCGAAAUUAAGAGGUGUCUCUGUCACAGUGAUACUGAUAGAGAAAGCAACACAGCGAGAAUGAUGAUAAAGGAUUCAAAAACGGAAAGAAAAAACCCUAAUCCGGUGUUUGUGGUGUUGGCAGAGCAGUGAUGUGAAGGAAGGAAUGGAUGAAAAGCCCUAAGGAUCGGGGAAACGAUAAUCUUAGAUGCUUGUCUCUGGAGUAUCAUGGGAUCUGAAAUGGCUCUUGCAAUUCGUAUUCUCAGCUUUUGUGAUGGCGAUUGGGUUGCACACGUUGGUAAAGAACACCGCAUCCAAGUACUUUGAGGUUGACGCCAAUUUUGAAGGGGAACAACACCACGCCAUGCCUGGCCUUAUCAUGGAUGAUUCUCUUUGCGCCGUUUGUCGCAACCAUGGCAAUAAAAAGUGUUCGCGUUGCAAAUCCGUUCGAUACUGUUCACAAGCAUGCCAACAGGCACACUGGAAAUCUGAGCAUAAGAUGAAAUGCAAGGAGCUGCAGAGCACAAGUGCAAUGAAUUUGGCUCAAACUGGGCCAAUUAAUCGUGGGUUCAGAGCUUCUGCACCUGUGAAUAGAAGUACAUCUUCUAUUGCCCUGAUCCCUGAAUGUGGUAGUGGAACGUCUAGGCCUAUAAAGCAGCCUAAAAAUGAUCUUUUUCCUUACAAUGAAUUUGUUAAUUUUUUUAACUGGGACAAGCCAGGAUUUCCUCCUUGUGGACUCUUAAAUUGUGGAAACAGCUGCUUUGCAAACGUGGUUCUUCAAUGUCUCUCAUUCACAAGGCCUCUUAUUGCCUACUUGUUAGAGAAGGGGCACCGUAGAGAAUGCUGUCAUAAUGAUUGGUGCUUUCUGUGUGAAUUUGAAAUCCAUGUUGAAAAGGCGAGGAUAGGUUCUCAGGCAUUUUCUCCGAUGAAUAUCCUCUCUCGUUUACCUAAUAUUGGUGGUACACUGGGUUAUGGAAGACAAGAGGAUGCUCACGAGUUCAUGAGGUUUGCCAUUGAUGCUAUGCAAUCUGUUUGUCUUGAUGAAUUUGGUGGGGAAAAAGCUGUCCUUCCUAAGCAUCAAGAAACAACUCUUAUCCAACACAUUUUUGGUGGCCACCUUCAAUCUGAGGUGAUUUGCACUGAAUGUGAAAAAAAUUCAAAUCAAUAUGAAAAUAUGAUGGACUUGACUGUGGAAAUCCAUGGAGACGCUGCUUCCUUGGAGGAAUGUCUAGACCAAUUUACUGCCAAGGAAUGGCUUCAUGGGGAAAAUAUGUAUAAAUGUGAUGGGUGCAAGGGUUAUGUUAAGGCAUGGAAACGUCUCACUGUGAAACGAGCUCCAAAUAUUCUUACAAUUGCCUUGAAAAGAUUUCAGAGUGGGAGGUUUGGAAAACUUAACAAGAGAGUAACCUUCCCUGAGACUUUGGAUCUUAACCCUUACAUGAGUGAAAUUGGAGAUGGAUCAGAUAUUUAUAAGCUAUAUGCUGUUGUAGUACAUAUUGAUAUGCUGAAUGCUUCAUUUUUUGGUCAUUACAUCUGCUACAUCAAGGAUUUCUGUGGAAACUGGUACAGAAUUGAUGAUUGGAAGGUUACGAGAGUGGAAUUGGAAGAGGUGCUUUCUCAGGGUGCAUAUAUGCUGUUGUAUAGCAGGGUUAGUGCUCGACCAUCAGGCCUUCAAAUUUUUGAAUCUUCAGAGACAGCAGAAGCACAAACAGUCAAGGUGGACGUGCAACCUGGCCUAGAUGAACAAGCUGAAUGCCUCUCGGAUAUGCAGACCGUAACUUCUAGUAGAGGCUGUGAGGUUUUUCAAUCUCACAACAGUCCAGAGUUGAAGGUUUCUGUUUGUGAAAACAUGACUUUGACCGGAAUGAACUCUGGAGUUAAAAGAGGGCAUACUAAGGACGUGGAUGUUAUUGAUGUUGCAAAUGAGACUUCCUGCAGUGCUGUUGAAUCAUCUUCAAUGCAUAGUUCUGAAGCUGUGAAAGAUUUGGUGGAUAUAAAUAUGGAGAGAUCAAAUCUAUGCUCACCUGUUUUAGAACAGAUUUCAGGCUUCAUGGAAGUUCAAAAUGAUAUGGCUAAGUCUGAUCCUUCUCCAUGUUUGCCAAAUGGUUUUUCUUGCUUUGAUAAGGAUUCUGCUGCUCCAGGGGAUUAUCAAAACAAGCGGGAAGAGUCAGAACAUGUAGAUGUGAUUAAAUGCACUGGCAAUGCAAAUUAUAGCAAUGGAUAUGCCAGUGCAAACAACCAUGAUGUCCUAGUGGAAGAUGGUGAUGCAGUAUCUUCUGGCAUUGGUUCUUUUUCCACAGAAACAUCCUCGGCUGAAAUGCAUCAAUUGAAGCGGAGAUUGUCAUCCUACAGUUCUGAAGCUGACGGAGGAAAUGAUGUUAAGAAAAUGGAAAUAUCAGGCAACAAGUUAGUAAUUUAGGCGAGCUAUUUUUGUUGUUUGUUCAUAUCAAUUUGAUCAUCCCAUCAUCGGAAAGAGGUGGUGAGUUGGGAAAUUUUUAUCUGAGGUUUCAUUAUUUGCUGGAACCUUGGAUCUUAUUGUAACAUUUCUAGGUGGAUUCUCUAAUUUGAUUAUAGUGAGAAAAUAACUCCUUACUCCUUAUUUCUCUCAACUCAUGAUACCUAAAGAAAGCAAAAUUUUUGUGAUGUGCCCU